GGCUUGUUCUCCAGCCCACCCAAAUGCCAUCGAGAAAGAAGGACCGGAGAGGGGUAGCGCAGGGGAGAGAGAGGGACAGGAAAUCCAUCACUGGCCAACACAUGCUUUGUGGGCGCUCGGGCGUUAGAGGGGUAUUCUGGGGCAGCGCCAUAGAUUCGGGGAGCUUCGACGACCAUCAAUUUAUCCAUUGGACCGUCGGCGUUUGGGCAAUUGCUCGCCGGUGCGACUCCAUUGCUGCGGCUUGAUCCUCCGCCGAGGACCGGCUUCGCCACCUCGCCCUCGCCGAUGGUUCGUAUCAUUCAAACCACUCGGAUCAACACCAAUUACAUCCCUCUGCCACGACAAGUUCCUGUCUACCCAGUGGUAGUCGAGGAAAUCCCUGUGGAUCUCCCUCGCAUUCGGGUGGAGAACGGAGUCAUUCUGGAGGACAGCUCGGAGGACUUUCUGCCUGCGCCCACCCCGUUGGCAGAGUCACUAGCCUUCGCAGCUGGAUCGUCAGCUUCAGCACCGCCAGCACCAGCAGUCCAAGCCCCAGGUCCCAGAGGCGACCACCCGGACGACUCUGGUGACGAUAAUGAAGAUGACGAAGAAGAAGAAGAUGAGGAAAACAUCAACGAGGAGGCCAACGAAGAACAGCAGGACCACUACGUGGGGUUAUGGCCUGUCACUGAACAUUAUACCUCAAUGUUCGAGGCAGGGCAUUUCCCUAACCUGCUGCAGGAUGUUCUGCUUGCGUUGGGAACCUACGUCCGACCCCUGUAUGAGACAAGGCGAGUGUACGAGCCUCCUCGGGAUUGCUACUACAUCACUCGCAUUCAUGUCAGGGUGAUGGAUGCAGGUGAUAGAGGGUUCAGGACUCUGUCAGCUCAUGAGUCUCUGACGCCGCUAUCCACCGACGUUGCUUUGGUCAGCAAUGCUGCUAAGCGAACUCUGUGGUCCCUCAGCCACACCUACUGGCAGCUGCUGCAAAACACGAAGUACAUGCAUCUUCCUCUAUGUAUUCCUUGAGAAAGCCAGACCAGCAUUGUUACAGGUGGAGCUGGAGAAGAUCGCCUCAACACCCUAGCUGAUGUGGUGGCAGGUCUUAACACCAACCUGGAUAGUGCUACCCUAGACCUGUCUAGGGUACACAUGGAGCUGGAGGAUGCACACGCAAGGAUCGCAGCCCUGGAAGCUCAGCUUGAUGGAAGGAAUCCCCUGAAGUUCAAGUCCCUGCCAUGGCGUUAUCCCCUCCCUGCAAGAGGAUCCGCUAUGGAGAACCAGGAUCCAUCACCAGGCUGCUUUAGAUUCUUCAAUUAUGUUGUAAUAAGUUAGUUUUCGCAUUAGACGAAAACACCUUUAUAUUAUUACACUAUUAAUAAUAACAACCAUGUG